UUCUUUAAAAAAUAAAAUAAUUUAGGGUAGAAAAUGGCAGUUCUUAUAGUGAUGACUGAACACAAAAGACCAUGACUCACAGGAGACCCAUCGAGGCAGAUGUGGUAGAGUGAAAAACUGUAGCAUUCUCUUGCAUAAUUUUUUGACUGUUCUGUGUUCUUGUCAUUUUAGCUGUAAAGUUUGACUGAGAAAUGUUGCAUCAGCCCUGAACUUUAUUGAGAAAAUCAUAUGCUGAUGCAAACUUUUUGAACUAUUAGUGUCUUAUGAGUAAGUCUUUUUUAAAACAGGAACUGUUGGAAAUUAUUUUGGAAAGUAGUUGUUAAGAGUGGCAUAUAGAAGAGAAAGGCACUGUUUUUUCUUGGGAAGACUGAAGAUGACUUUCCAGCUUGGUAGCUGAAGGGAGAUGGUGUUCCAGAAGUCAGAGCUCUACUCUCCCUUUGAAAUGCUGAAUCUCUAGGAGGUUACUCCUUGUAUGUAGACAGAAACAUACGGAGAUAGAGUCAGACUUGGGGUUGGAAGAGGCAAGACCUUAAUACAGGUCUGGGUUGAUAUUUGCUAGUCAUGUGAUAUAGGCUGGGCAAGUCGCUUAAACCUUUUUGAAGUUUAGUUUUGUCAUCUGUAAAUGGGAGUAAUAAGUGCCUGCCCUGCCUGUCUCCCAAGGUUGUUAGAAAGAUCAAAUGAAAUCAUCCUGAUGAAGUAUUUGUGAAGCGUAUUCUUCCUCCCUCCAUCUCUUCACUCCCUGACAACAUUUGUGGAAAGGGUUGAACACAUUAGAAGGCAUUAUUGCAAGAAUAUAUUAUUCGAGUGCAAAGAGGAAUUUCUGUGGAAAACAGCUGGCAGAUUGUUAGAAGAUACAGUGACUUUGAUUUGCUUAACAACAGCUUACAGAUUGCAGGCUUAAGUCUGCCUCUUCCUCCCAAAAAAUUGAUUGGUAACAUGGAUCGUGAAUUCAUAGCUGAGAGGCAGAAAGGUCUUCAGAACUAUCUCAACGUGAUCACCACAAAUCAUAUCUUGUCUAAUUGUGAGCUGGUUAAGAAGUUUUUAGAUCCAAACAACUAUUCCGCAAACUACACUGAGAUUGCCUUACAACAGGUUUCCAUGUUCUUCCGAUCAGAACCAAAGUGGGAGGUGGUGGAACCUUUGAAAGACAUAGGUUGGAGAAUAAGGAAGAAAUAUUUCUUGAUGAAGAUUAAAAAUCAGCCAAAGGAACGGCUAGUGUUAAGCUGGGCUGACCUUGGCCCGGACAAGUAUUUGUCAGAUAAAGAUUUUCAGUGUCUAAUCAAACUUCUGCCUUCCUGUUUGCACCCUUACAUCUAUCGAGUUACCUUUGCCACAGCUAAUGAAUCCUCAGCGUUGCUAAUUAGGAUGUUUAAUGAGAAGGGAACGUUGAAGGAUCUGAUCUACAAGGCAAAACCAAAAGACCCAUUUCUAAAGAAGUACUGCAACCCUAAGAAGAUUCAGGGCCUGGAACUCCAGCAAAUAAAAACAUAUGGACGGCAAAUAUUAGAGGUACUGAAGUUUCUUCAUGACAAGGGAUUCCCUUAUGGGCAUCUUCACACCUCCAACGUGAUGCUCGAUGGGGACACUUGCCGGCUGCUAGACCUUGAGAAUUCCUUAUUGGGCCUGCCUGCCUUCUACCGAUCUUAUUUUUCACAAUUCAGGAAAAUCAAUACAUUGGAAAGUGUGGAUGUCCACUGCUUUGGCCACUUACUGUAUGAAAUGACUUAUGGACGACCACCAGACUCGGUGCCUGUGGACUCCUUCCCUCCUGCCCCGUCCAUGGCUGUGGUGGCCGUGUUGGAGUCUACGCUGUCUUGUGAAGCCUGUAAAAAUGGCAUGCCUACCGUCUCCCGGCUCUUACAGAUGCCAUUAUUCAGCGAUGUUUUACUAACCACUUCUGAAAAACCACAGUUUAAGACAACUGAAGCCAUCUACAGAAACUCCUUGUUUGGGCCAUGGCUCUUGGCAGUGCUCACUAUCCCUACAAAGUUAAAAGAGGCAUUGAGAAUUGCCAAAGAAUGUAUAGAAAAGAGACUCAUUGAAGAACAGAAACAGAUUCACCAGCAUCGAAGACUGACAAGAGCUCAGUCACACCAUGGAUCUGAGGAGGAAAGAAAGAAAAGAAAGAUUUUAGCUCGAAAGAAGUCAAAACGAUCUGCUCUUGAAAAUAGUGAGGAGCAUUCAGCGAAGUACAACAACUCCAAUAAUUCAGCAGGAUCUGGGGCCAGCUCACCUCUCACGUCCCCGUCAUCGCCAACUCCACCCUCUACAUCAGGGAUAUCUGCAUUACCUCCACCUCCUCCACCUCCACCACCACCAGCAGCUCCCUUGCCUCCUGCGAGCACCGAGGCACCUGCCCAGCUCUCGUCUCAGGCUGUGAAUGGCGUGAGCCGAGGGGCCUUGCUCAGCUCUAUCCAGAAUUUCCAAAAAGGAACUUUGAGGAAAGCCAAAACCUGUGAUCACAGUGCUCCGAAGAUCGGCUGAAGCUUCCUGUUUACACUUGGAGGGAAAAGUUGUUUUUUAUUCCUACUCACCCCUACCCCCAAACUACCCUCUUCCUGGGAAAAUAAUUGCUGAGCCAGUACAGCCACAAACAGUACUAUUUUGCAGAUGCUCAUGUAAGAAGCUUUUCAAGAGAGAAAUAAUUCUUUAAGCAGAAUAAAGUUAGGCUGGCAUUGCUCCCUUAAGAUUUUGCUCCUUUAUUAACCCUGUAAAGGAGUCUUGUUUAUCCUCUAAUGGGCAUGCUUCAGGGGCAGCAGCAUAUUGAAAUAUUUUCACCAACUAAAGGAAAUAGACAGAAAAACAAUGAUAAUAUUCAAUCACAGCAGUAAAUGGCCUUUGUGUUGCAAGCCCUUCUACCCCAUCAGACAGCUCCUAGAAACAUUCCUCUUACAGUUCAUUUCUCUAAAGCAUUUUCUGAUUCUUAGAUAACUCCAACUUUUGCUACUUUUAUCUUAGACAUUAACACUAUAGCCCAAAGCAUAGUUACUUUGCUGAAUCAGAAAGCAACUGAGUCCUUCGUUUUCCCCUCAAAUAGAAUGGGGAACAUUCACAACAUUCUCUUAAGUUCUAACAGUAAUACCAUUGUGGUUAUAGAACUCAGGGCUGCUAAAGCAACUACUCUAGACCCAUAGUUCUUUUUAGUUAGAAUGUAUUGAAACAGACAAAAAUAUUAGCAUCAGAAAAAGCUAUGGCCUAUUAGAGGAUCUUCUUAAUUCUCAGCAAUUAAGUUUGGGGUUUGAGGGGGGCAGGUAAUUGUUACAACAGAAGUCAAUUUGGCAUCUAUAAAAAUCAAUUAAGAUGUUUGAAAGAUUUAUUUAAAUAUAUCAAUAUAGCAUCUUUUUAAUGUUACUCAUUUAUUAGAUCCUUUAUCCUGAUUUGCUUAAACCUUUCAAUUGCACUUUAAAGGAUUAUAAAUAAUCCAUUUAAAAAUUCAAGUACACACAUCAGUGUUGGUUACUAUGCAGAGAGAAUGUCAUUGUGUAUAGUUUCAUGUAAUCUGUGAUAAAUGUCAGCUGUAUUUUUUAUUAAAAUGAUGUCAAGAAAA